ACCAAAAAAAAUAUUGGUUUUGAUUUUUGCUGUUUGGCCUUUGUCUUUUACCUGUAACUUUGGCAUUAUAUUUUUUCAUAUGGUUCAUGAUCAGAACCUCUUCUGUCUUGCAGGUGAUAUCAUCAUCCUUGCAAAACCAUUGGUGGUGUCUAAAGGUAACAGAGGUUUCUUAACGACCACCACUCUCCUUGCCGUGGAUGGAACAGACAAGCCCGAGGAACUGCUCUAUGUCAUCUCCUCCCCGCCGCGAUAUGGCCAGAUCGAAUAUACCCGCUAUCCUGGUGUCCCCAUUACGAGCUUCAGCCAAAUGGACAUAGCAGGACAGAUGGUCUGUUAUGUACAUAAGAGCAAGGCAGCUGUCUCCAGUGACACCUUCAGAUUCGUCGUUAGCAAUGGACUGUGGACGAAGCAAGGGGUGUUUGAGAUCACCCUGGAGACCGUGGACAAAGCCUUGCCAGCAGUGACUAGGAACAAGGGGUUGAGACUGGUCAAAGGGGCCCUGGGCCUGCUGUCCCCUGACCUCCUUCAGUUGACCGACCCUGACACACCAGUGGAGAAUCUCACCUUCCUCUUGGCCCAGCUCCCACAACAUGGCCAGCUCUACCUGCAAGGGACAGUACUGCUUCAACACAAUUUCACUCAACAGGACGUGGACAGCAGGAAUGUAGCCUACAGGCACUCAGGAGGGGACUCCCGGAUUGACCACUUUACAUUUGUAGCCACAGAUAUGACACACCAAGGCUUUGUUGUGGACGGGAGAGUGUGGGAAGAACCUGUUUCAUUCAUCAUCCAGGUGGACCAGUUGGAUAAAACAGCCCCCCGGAUCACACAUUUGCAGUCCCCUUCUCAAGUGGGGAUCCUGAAAAAUGGUUGCUAUGGGAUUUACAUCACUUCCCGUGUGUUGAAGGCAUCUGACCCUGACACCGAGGAUGAUCAGAUCAUCUUUAAGAUUUUACGAGGCCCACAACAUGGACAUCUGGAGAACAUAACAACAGGUGAAUUUAUCCAUGAGAAAUUUAGCCAAAAGGACUUAAACAGUAAGAUCAUUCUUUACAUCAUAAAUCCAUCUUCGGAAGUAAAUUCAGAUAUCUUGGAAUUUCAAAUCAUGGACCCCACAGGAAAUUCAGCCACUCCUCACAUUUUGGAGUUGAAGUGGUCUCAUAUUGAAUGGUCGCAGACUGAAUAUGAGGUCUGUGAGAAUGUGGGCAUGUUGCCCUUGGAAAUUACCAGAAGGGGACAUUCCAUGGACUCAGCCUUUGUGGGUGUAAAGGUUAAUCAAGUGUCAGCUACAGCUGGAAAAGAUUUCACUGUGACUCCAGCCAAACUGAUUCAGUUUGACCCAGGAAUGUCAACCAAGACGUGGAAUAUAGCAAUUACCUAUGACGGAUUAGAGGAAGAUGAUGAGGUCUUUGAAGUAAUUCUGAACUCCCCUGUGAAUGCAGUUCUUGGCACAAAGACAAAAGCUGCAGUGAAAAUUUUGGAUUCAAAAGGAGGACAAUGCCAUCUUUCAUAUUCCUUCAUCCAAAACAAGCAGAGUGCAGGGGAGGAGGGCAUUUGGCGCCCACUGACUCUUGGGUCUUCCUUACCCUCCAUUUCUGGCUCCUUUCAUCUGGAAAGAAGACCCCUUCCAUCUUCCAGGAGGCUAGCGGACACCAGAGGAGACACCCUGCGAGGCUUUGAUUCUACCCAUCUUUCUCGAAUGAGGCUCAGGACCCGCGGGAAUGGCAAAACAGUUCCACCAUCCUCUGUUUAUAGAAAUGGAACAGACAUCGUCUAUAAUUAUCAUGGGAUGGUUUCCCUGAAACUGGAGGAUAGUAACAGUUCCCCAAUUCACAAACAGAAGGCCAAAAAGAUAAUCAAAGUGACAGAACUGCCUCAAGCAGAUAAGGUGGAAUCCACAACUGACUCACACUUCCCUAGACAGGACCAGUUACCCUCAUUUCCAAAAACCUGCACUCUGGAAUUAAAGGGACUCUUCCAUUUUGAAGAAAGCCUCCACAAACUGUAUCAGUGCAAUGGGAUUACCUGGAAAACCUGGAGCCCCCAAACCAAGGAGGUGGAAGACAAGUCCUGCCCAGCUGGGUGGCACCAUCACUCAGGCUAUUGCCACUCCUGGAUCACAGAGCAGAAAGUUUCCUGGAACAUGGCUGCUCAGACUUGCAGGGAACAACACCUGGGCAGCCUUGUAACUGUACUCACCAGGCGGCAUAUGCAAUGGCUCUGGGAACUCGGUGGCAGGCAGCCCUUUUGGAUAGGUUUGAAUGAUCGACGUCAUGCUGGCCACUGGGAGUGGAUUGGUGGUGAACCUGUCACCUUCACCAACUGGAAGAGAAGAACCUCUCAACGUGCAAAGCCUAGAAAGAGCUGUAUUUUGGUUCACAGACAAGGGAAAUGGCAAGCAAAGGACUGCAGGAGGGGCAAACCUCACAAUUAUGUGUGCUCCAGGAAACUCUAAAUGUAAUUGGCCCUGCAGGUGUCCACCUGGGAUUUCUCACCUAUUUAUUUACAGGAAUUGUGAAUAUUACCCAAUAGAAAACUAGUUGUCAUGGCUUCAUAUAUUUUUUUUAAAUCAUAGUUUAUGAGUGAUUCUAUCUAGUAAAGAUAAGACAUAGAUGAAUAGUUCCAGGAAGAUCGCUAAAUGAAUAUUUUUUGGAAGAAAAGAUACAAUUUUUUGCAUCUCAAUUACUUUCAAAAUAAAAGCCUGUAGUUUUAAAAGGUGUAAGAUUUGCUUGUGCCAGGAGAUACCCCCCUCCAAAUCUCAGGCAGCACCAAGUUCAUGGUCCUUGGAUUCUUUUGUGCCAUUAUCACAAAUGAGUCUGUUCUGAAAUUCUUAUUACAGGUGUUCCACCUUAGCCUAAUGAAGAUAACCCUACCAGGUUCUUUGACCCAGGGUGAGCUGCAAAGGGUUGGUUUGUCUUUUGGGGGCCCUUUUAAACAUUGAACCUGAUAUUAGAGGCUGUAGAUAGAAAGGAGAAUUCUCUGGUGAAAAUGCAUGCUGAAAGAAUGAAGGAUUUAGGUAGAAGAAUCACUCUGUGGAGAUUUAUCUACAAAGCCCUGGUUCAGCUCAGGAUUCAGGGGCUCCCUGGACUUUAGAGUUGGAUACAUCACCACUUAUGAAAUUGAAUUGGUUGCCUUUUCUAAUAAGAAUGUUGGCAUUGUACCACUCCAAAGCUAAUGGUUGGGUUUCCCCAGCCUUGCCCUACCAUGAGAAAUUUGAAGUAACGUGAGCCUCUCUCUUUGUGCCCGUUUAUAGUACUGACUGGCAUUUCUCAAGGACAUUUGGAAUAGAGAGUAUAUAUGGAUGGUUUUGGCAUAUGGAAGAAAAAUACUGCUUCUUCAGAAGUGUUGUGUUGAACUAUGCUGGUGAAUAAAGAAAGAUAAUAUUGAAAACAGAACCUUUGAAAGCCUAUAUUCUCAGAAAGGAUUCUGAUGCAAUUUUGGGCCCUAAAUCUUUAUUAUUUAUAGAAUAGCCACGUUAACUUGAUUCUUUAACAUGAAGGUACCUUAUUGAUUUAUAAUCUCAGCUGAGUGAAACAUUUUUGAGGCAGUGAAGCAUCUUGCUGUCUUACCACUACUCUCUUCUGAAAUAAAGGUUCUAACAACAGGAAAUUAGAACUUUAUUUCUGAAACAUUUAUUCAAAAUCUUUCUCUUUUCAUAAGCAGUGAAAAAUAUGGCUGUGCCAAAUGUCACUUGAUAUGUGAGUAUCAGUGUGACUUCAGAAUCAAAACAGGGUUUCCAAGUAGGUUAGAGCUUUGGUACCAGUUUAAUUAUAGCAAUACCUUGAAAAAUGCUUGAAGAAAUUCAGUCCUGCUUUGAGUAUGAAAACAUGACAGGCUUGCUUUAUUUGUGGUCAUUUAUCAAGUUUUUGAUUAAUGGAAGAAUUUACAAAGAGAGGUUAGGAUAAGACUCAGAUAUUCUACCUCUUACUUAAAUCUAAACAUGUUUUAGGAGACAGGAGGCUCUUUAUCUUAUUUCUUCUGGACUGGUGUAAAUAAGGUCUCCUGUGCCACACAAAUAAUCUCUGGUGUAUAACCAAAAGAUGCCAAAUACAUCUUCUGUACCAGCCAAUCAAAUUUCUUCUGAUCCACUGGUUUCUACAGUGUGGAUAGGAGAGAUGCAGAUAAGAAAAAAAUUGUUUACCUGAAGGUUUAAAUCCUAGGAAGGAAAGUAAAUGAUUAAGGAAGAAGGAAUUUAAGAGCCACUCCUUCCUACUGGACCUCUAAACCGUAUCAGUUACUUAAAACUGGAAAUAUAGAAUUAUGUCAACUAUAUAAAACCUGGUCAGCAUGGUAGGUUUAGCACACAUUUCUGGAAUGGAAGUGGUAUUUGAAUGCAAUUACAAAUCUUGGCACAAAGACAGAAUGUUUUGGUUUUAUAACAGCUAGAAAUACUAGAAGAAUAUUUUAACAUAUUCCUAACCCUGAAAGCAUUCAUCUAGUUGUAAAAUCCAAGAAAUUGAAAGGAGAUAUGAAUAAAAAAUCAGGCAAGUUUGAGUACUGGGCAGGAUUCACCAUGACCUUCAUUUCUUCCCCACAACUGGGCUUUGGAUCAGGGAAGGAAAGGAAGGAGAUGCUGGGCUCGGUUCUCUCCAUCUUGAUUUGCCACAACCACCCUUCGGGUUCUGGUAGGUGAGUGGGGAAAAAAGGAAAUAGAGUAAUUGGGGGAUGGGAAGGGGGAUUAUAGGAGAGAAAGGGGAGAGAGAAGUGUUGGGUAGGAGGGAUGGAAGCUGAUGUAGCCAGGAAGGAGAGCAUCAGGAGGAGGCACCUGAAUGUCACCUGGCUUCUGUCCCCCAAACUUGAAUACCAACUCAGGAAAAGUUCUACUUGUCCGAGGUCAUCAACCCCACUCAACAAUGU